AUGCCUCAUCCUUUUCCUUUAUUCUCUCUUCCCUAUGUGCCCCUCAAAAAAGUAUUAGACAACUUUGGACAACGUGGAAUAAUAUUUCUCUCCCUGUGCUCAUUGAGAUCGAAAAGCAUUGCGGUUUCAUAUAGGGGACCUUCUAAAGAUGUUCGGCUAACACUAGAUAUUGGAUUGUGGGAUUGCCUGGAAGACUCCGACGAAUCUUAUAUGAGGACACUGUUGACAGUAGAAAAUAUCGGGAACCUCCCGAUGAACACGACACUGGAAACUGUCAGAAUUGGGAGUUUUGAGAACGUUCCAGUGAAAAUGGAAAACAAUUUUCUAAAGGGAAACCAUUUAAUAACAUAUUGGGAGGAUCGGAUGACUGGAUUAGCGGCGAUUGGAGAUUGUGCUCGUGAAGUAUUCAAUCAGGAUAUUUAUAAAGUGUUUAUUUAUGAUAAGCGAGAAGAUGAUGAUCUUAGACGGGCGGCCGAGUGGAUUAAGAAUUCUCAAAAGACAAUUCGAAACCUCUGUUGUAAUUUCAAUUCAAAAAUCGAUAAUGAUCUUGAUGUUAUAUUGGAAAACUUCAAAUGCACUGAAAAACUGUUUCUUUACGUGAAGCCAUUGGAAUACUAUAGUCCCUCUAGAAUUCCGAGUUUCCAACUUAACAGACUUGAUGUUUGUAAUAGUUUUUGGAUUAAACAGAACCAUUUAUUGACGAUGGACUGCAAAUGUAUUUUGCUGAAAAGUUCAAAAUUGAGCAGCCGAGACUUGAAUUUAUUCUUGAAACAUUGGAUGGCUGGAGGUUGCUCUCAAUUGAAAGAAUUAUGGAUUUCUGUCGAGAAACCAAUUGAUUAUCAAAUUGUGUUGGAUGGUGUGAAGUUUGAAGAAAGAGAAAGACAUGUGGAAAGAGUUUUUGUCGAUGAAGCAGGCACGCACGAUACUAUACGAGGCGGUUUUGAUAUCAAACGAUCAAGUGAUAAUGUCAAAGUGACUAUCAACAACGGGAACUCGAGACUCUUUUGGAUGAUUGUCUGGCCAGAUUUUGCUGGAAAUUCCUAUUGA